CAUACAAAAGAGUAACUGUUUUGCCCAUUACUAGUAAAAUAAAAGAAAUUUAUCCUUUCGAAGUCAAAAUUGUUCUUUCUGAUGAAUUGAUGCUAGAAGUAGAAGAAAAAUUAAAGAAACAAAAGGGCAUUAACUAUUUAGUAGUAAAAUAUGACCCCGAGGUUGCUGGAAAAAUACGAGAAGCAAAAUUACAAGCCAUUGGAUUAUCCAAUUUAUCACAGGCAAAAAUCAUUGGAGAAAGAAAACAGAUGAUGAAUGUACAGUUUUAUUCUGAUGAUAAAGAGAGUCUUGAACUUAUAAAGAAACUGGGAGGAAUUAGCCUUACUGAAGGAAUACAAAAGAACAAAUAUUGA